AUGCCGGACGAGGUGACAGAGCCCUGUAGCGCCACGCCGGCCCGUGUCUCGUCCUUUUUCAUCGAGAACUUGCUCGGGGGAGAGGGCAAGGAGUCUAGUCGAGGGGAGGAGGAGGAUGAGGACGAGGAAGAAGAAGAAGAGGAAGAGGAAGAAGAGGGGGAGGAAGACCAGGAGGAGGCGCGGCGGGAGCUAAGGCAGCUGCAAGCGGGAGCUGAGACCCGCGAGAGUCGUGAGCGUUGUGUACUCGGAGCUGGAGCUAGAGCCCGAGACGGAGCUGGGACCGGAGCCCGAUCCGGCCCCUGCCUGCUGCCGCCACCCCCUGCCUGCUGCCCUGGCCCGGCCUUCGGCUUCGGAACACACGGCUAUGCGCUUGCGGAGAGCCCUGCUCAGUGGUACAGAUGCACUCAUGCCACCUACAUCGGUUGUCACAGUCCAGACACCAGUGACCGGGACUCCCCAGAGGUCGGCGAGGAGGCUGGCAGGCCGGAGAGCGGCUGCAGGCGGCGACCAGGUGCUCCUGGGUCUGCGGAGCGCCUGGAUCGGGAGCCGGACGAGUCGGCCUGCAGUAGCAGCAGCGGCGGCGGUGGCGGUGGCAGCGGACGCGGAGAGGAGGACAGGCCUGAACCGGACUCUGCCGAACCUCGGGCAGCUGGGCGCAAGAAGAAGACGCGCACGGUGUUCAGCCGCAGCCAGGUGUUCCAGCUGGAAUCCACGUUCGACGUGAAACGCUACCUGAGCAGCGCCGAACGAGCCGGCCUGGCAGCUUCCCUGCAGCUCACCGAGACACAGGUGAAGAUCUGGUUCCAGAAUCGCAGAAACAAGUGGAAGCGACAGUUGGCCGCAGACCUGGAGGCCGCGAGUUUGUCACCGUCUGCCCAGAGGCUGGUCCGUGUGCCCAUCCUCUACCACGAGAACUCACCGGCCACUGGAGGAAGCCUGGCCUUCCCUCUGUCACCCGCUUCGGCGCCGCCCCCGCCGCCCCUCGUGGGCUUCCCGGGGGCACUUGGCUAUCCACUGGCCGCCUUCCCCUCUGCCGCAGCUGCCUCUCUCCCCUUCCUGCGGCCCUCGCAGAUGCCGGGCUUGGUCUGA